CGCAAGAUAGUAUUACUAUAUUCAAAGUACAAACAUCAAGAAAUCAAUCAAGAAGAUGUUCCGUUUAUUGGUUGUUUUGUGUGUCGUGUCUGGGGUGGUUUUGGCCGAUCCCAUUUCAAUCAAGAAUCGUCGAUUAGCAGAUGAUAAUGCAUUGGAAUUACUGGAAGGACGAACCGAGCUAGAUGACAUUUUGUUUGAAUUGUUACCAGAAAAAGCUCUAAUUUUGCUUAGGAUAUUAAAGACAGCAAUUGGAUUCAAAGUGUCAGCGAUGUCACUAGUAGUGAGUGCUAUUGGAUGGCUAUCCUCCAAUUGUGUGGUCAUCAUUGUUGGGGCUUUAGCUGCACUAGGCUUUUGCAAAUUAACUGGAAAAUGUACCCUGAACUAUGAAGAGUAUCUACCUGUCGCCCAACUACGUAGUUACGCUACACCUGAAUAUUUGGACACAGCCCAAAGGUUCUUAACAACAGCGAUUGAAAAAUAUGCCGAGACUAAACGCAGAUCAGUGUAA